CUAAUAAUUUAUCUUCCACUAUGUCCAAAAACGUCAAAAUUAUUGUAUUUUUUUAUUUUUAACAUGAUAUUUCUUUUAAUUUUUAUAAUUAUUAUUCUUCAGUAGCAGAAAUUAUGAGAAAAAAAAUAAAUGAAUGUCAUUAACCUAUUUCCUCUCAUUUUGUUUAUUAAUAAAUUACUUACAUUAUGUUAUUCAUUAACUAUUUAUAAAUAUUAUGAUGUUCAAAGCUAAGAUAUUAUUAAUAGGUAUUACGCUAACAUUAGUUAUUACUUUAUUGUUAGCUUUAUUGUAUGUCCAAGAAAUAGAGAAUGAAAGAUAUUUGAAGUUCACUGAACAGCCUGAAAAAUUAUUAAAAAAUAAGAAAUUAGCCAUAUUAGUACCUUUUAGAGAUAGAUUUGAUGAGUUGUUAGAAUUUGUACCUCAUAUUCAUUCAUUUUUAACUAGUCAAAGUAUAAGUCAUGAAAUAUUUGUUUUAAAUCAAGUUGAUCAAUUUCGUUUUAACAGAGGAUCUUUAAUUAAUGCAGGAUUUAAAGAGAUCAUUUCAUCAGACAGUUUGGUUGAUUAUAUUGCAAUGCAUGAUGUUGAUCUACUACCACUUAAUUCAUUGUUAGAUUAUCAUUAUCCUCCAAAAGGACAUGUUAGCCAUAUAGCUGCACCUCAUUUACAUCCUCGUUACCACUAUUCUUCCUUUGUUGGUGGUAUUCUUCUAAUAACUAAGAAACAUUUUAUUGAAAUAAAUGGUCUUAGUAAUAAUUAUUGGGGUUGGGGCCUUGAAGAUGAUGAGUUCUAUUUACGUUUAAAAGAAGCUAAAAUUCGUAUUCAUAGGCCAGGAAAUUUAACUACUGGAGUUUUAAACACAUUCAAACAUAAUCAUGAUAGAGCUGUAAGAAAACGUGACAUGACUAAAUGCUAUAAUCAACGUGAAGUUACCAGAAAAAGGGAUAGACUCACAGGAUUACAUAAUGUUAUAUAUUAUAUAAAAAACAAACAUAAUUUAUUAAUUGAUAGUAUUCCAACAAAAAUUAUUAAUAUUGAACUAAAAUGUAACAAAACUACAACACCUUGGUGUUUAUGCUUUGAAUAUAAUGUUAAAAAUAUUAAAAAAAAAAAAAAUUAGACUUAGACUUAUUUUACCAACUUAAUCCUACUAUUUAUUUAAGUGUGAAACUAUCGAUUUUAUAAUACAUGACUUAGUUUCGUAAAAAUGAGUAAAUAAUUAAUAAUAAAUGUUUCAAUGACUUAUUUUGUACCCAUAAUUUUUAUGAUAAUUUUAUGUUUUGAAUUUUACUUAAAUUAUUUAUUGUUAAAUGAUUGUCUGUGGCUUUCGUAUUUAUUAAUUAAUUGAUGGUGUAAAUAUUAAGUUAAUUAUUUGUUUUGAAAGUUGCUGAUGAGAAAUUAAGAUUUUGUAAGCAUAUAUUUAUAAAUUAUUUUUUGUAAUUUAAAUACUUGUUAAUUUGCAUUAGUUGAAAUUACUUACCAUAAUUUGUAAUUUUAUUACAUUAAUGAAAUUUAUUUUAUUGUUAUUAUUAUUUACUUUAUUUUUUUUAAUUUAUUACUAAGUAUUAAAUACUUUGAUCUCUUUAAUAUCUGUACUUUUUUUAGUGCAAUUUAUAAUUAUUAUUGUGACUUCAAUAAAAAAUAAAAAAGAUUUAUUUUAUUGUUUCUAAGCCCUUUCUAUAA